AUGGCUACGUUACUUCCGCCUCCAAAACGCCAGAAGAUCUACCAUGGUGUUCCAGAGCCAGAACCAGAACCCGUUGCCCCGACCCCCAACGUUGUUGUUCAAUUCGUCUCUGAAGAAGACGGUAAAUCGCUAGCGCCUGUAGUCAGUCUCCCCGCAAACGUGUCAAGAGAAGGACUGGAGGCUCUCGUAAACAAGCUAAGCAAGAGUGAAGACGACCCAGUACCCUUUGCGUUCUAUGUCAAGCUUCCUGAAGAUAAAAAUGCUGCAUCUGGUGCUCCGAUGCAAAUCGUGCUGUCAAAGUCGAUCGAGGCGGACGUCCUCAACCAUGCUACUGCAGAUUUUACGCCGGAAGACAUGAUCGUCGUUCACUGUUCGCCUCAGAGCGUGUUCCGAGUGAGACCAGCAACACGGUGCUCCUCGACGUUGUCUGGCCAUACUUCGCCUAUCCUUUGCGCGUCGUUUUCACCAACAGGAAAUCUCCUCGCUACUGGUUCAGGCGACACGAACGCACGUUUAUGGGAUCUCAACACAGAAACACCUUCUCACACGCUUUCUGGCCACAAAGGAUGGGUGCUUUGCGUCGAAUGGGAGCCUAUGGAAAGAAAAUUGGCCACAGGGGGUCAUGACGGUCAUGUCCGACUUUGGGAUCCUAAAACUGGAAAACCUAUCGGAGACGCGCUGAGAGGACAUUCGAAGUGGGUUACAUCUCUUGCAUGGGAGCCAGCCCAUAUAAACCCAACAACUCCUCGCCUUGCAUCUUCUUCAAAGGAUGGCAGCGUACGGGUAUGGUCAACUUCGACACGCAAGACUGAAUAUACACUCGGCGGUCACUCGGCCAGCGUCAAUGUUGUGAAAUGGGGAGGGAGCGGUGGUCUGAAGGGCGUCCUGUAUACUGCGAGCAGCGAUAGGACUGUGAGGAUUUGGGACGCAGAACGAGGGCAGCCCCUCCAUACUCUUAAAGAACACGCUCAUUGGGUAACGACCUUGGCGUUGAAUACCGACUUUGUGCUGCGGACUGGACCGUUCGACCAUACAGGGAAGAAACCUUUGUCAGACGAAGAAGCAAAACAAAUGGCGAAAGCCCGCUACGACAACCUCCUUAAGACGACUCCAGAACUCCUCAUCUCGGGCUCGGACGACCACACCCUCUUUCUAUGGUCUCCAUUCCCUUCGUCAUCUCCAGUAUCUACAGGAUCACCCCAACACUCCGUCACCAAACCUGUUGGCCGCCUAACAGGCCAUCAACGACAAAUAUCUCAUGUUGCCUUCUCUCCAGAUGGCCGUUGGGCGGCGUCUGCGGCAUGGGAUAACUCUGUAAGAAUCUGGGAAGGAAGAACCGGCAAAUUUAUCGCUACUCUCCGUGGUCAUGUCGGCGCUGUUUACCGUCUUGCUUGGAGCGCAGAUUCAAGGAUGUUGAUCAGUGCGAGCAAAGAUAGUACUCUGAAAAUAUGGGACUUGAAGACAUACAAAAUUAAAAUUGACUUACCUGGGCAUACUGAUGAGGUAUAUUGUGUCGACUUUGUUGCGGACAAGGUCGUCAGUGGCGGAAGGGAUCGGCAUGUAAAGAUUUGGAAACACUAG